AUGUUGUUGGCGGCAUUAGCGAGCAUUAACGGCGGGCGGGCAUUGUUUGAGCGGAGGGCGGGCGUGACGUCACGGAGAGCGGGCGCUCCGGAAGAGACCGGGAGCCGCGGCGCGCCGGUAGCAGAGUCCCGCGUUCCCAGUCCGACGCGCCGACGACGUCGCUUAUUGCCACCGAGCGCGCCAAUUGGAUCGCGUGUCCGUCGCGCCCAGUUGGGCCACGAUCGCGUCGAAAUGCAACAUUACCGUGCAAAGUGUUUACUGAUUCUUAUGAAUGUAUACUCUAAUUCA